UUCAAAAUCCAAACGUCUCUUUUCUUUACAGAAUAUAGACUUUGUAGACCAAACACUUUACAUUAAUGAAGGCUUCUCUCUCUGAUUUCAUUUUCAAUUUUUCGCCGUUGUUAAAUUUCUUUAAUUCAAACAACAAAGACCCACUGAGCUUCAUUGUCUUCUGAUCCCAUGGGUGUUUCUGGAAAAUGGCUGAAAUCGCUUAUUGCUUCCAAGAAGCCUCCAGCGGAAGAAGACCCAGAGAAGAACAAGAAGAAAUGGAAGCUGUGGAGGAGCGCAUCAGAAGGGUUUGGAUCGUCUGUCAAGACGGGUAUGAAAAAGACCAACAUGACGACAUUAGCGGCGUCUGUUGAGUCCUUGGUUUCUGAUGAUGCAUUUGCUGCUGCCAUGGCUGCAGUAGUCCGAGCUCAGCCAAAAGAUUUUAAGGUGGUCAAACGGGAAUGGGCUGCUAUUCGAAUCCAGGCCUUUUUUCGGGGCUUUCUGGCAAGGCGAGCUUUAAGGGCCUUGAGAGCAGUGGUAAGGAUUCAAGCAAUAUUUCGAGGAAGACAAGUGAGAAAGCAAGCUGCUGUUACUCUAAGGUGCAUGCAGGCACUUGUUAGAGUUCAAGCUCGAGUUAGAGCACGUUCUGCAAAAAUGUCAGCAGAAGGGCAGGCUGUGCAGAAGUUACUGGAUGAAAAUCGUUACGAAAUGGAUCCCAUCAAGCACGCCGAGCAAGGAUGGUGUGAUAGUCCUGGAACUGUGAAUGAAGUUAAAGCAAAGCUUCAUAUGAGGCAGAAAGGAGCCAUCAAAAGGGAGAGAGUAAUUGCCUACUCCCUCUCUCAGCAGAGACUUAGGCCCAAUGCCAGUCCAUAUGCAAGGACAAAACAGCCAUCUAACUCAGUUAAGCACGAGAAGCUGUUUAAAAAUAAUUCAGAUUGGAGCUGGUUAGAUCGUUGGAUGGCAGCCAAGCCAUGGGAAAACAGGCUAAUGGAAGAGAUGACACCAGAAAUGACUCCUUUUUCUAGGAAAAGUGAAGAUUUGUCUUACUCUUCUUCCUCUGGACAAGAUUCUGUGGAAGUGAGAAAGAACAAUCUCACAACCAGGAUUACAGCUAGAGCACCUUCAGAAAAUCAGCUAAAUCGGUCGUCUUCUUCCCCGAGUUCUGAAUCUCACUAUGAUGAGACCUCAACAUCAACUUCCUCCGCAUCUGCCACUCCACCUUUGGUAUUUGGAAACCGCAAGGUAGAAAAUAUGGAGCAAAUUAGUACUCGAAAACCCAGCUACAUGAAUUUCACGAAAUCAACUGAGGCAAAGUUGAGAGCUUGCAAGAUUUCACCAUCUCCCAAUGUGCAGAGGUACAUGAUGGAAGAGCUCCAGUUUCAUAACAUGUCAAUGACAUUUUCUAAUGGGGACACUAGGAGCAGCGCUGGCUCCAUUCCUCCUUCGGGUAAUUUGAGCAAAGACUUGUUUCCUCCAAUGUCUAGGAGUAGAUAUUAUGAUGGUGCAAGAACAAGAAGACAGUAAGGAGAUCAGCAGUUUCCAUUGCAGCUAUUGUAAAGAAACGCAUAGGAGGAAGGAAAAUUACCGAGGAACCAAUAUUCUCAUGAUGAUGACAAAAACGACAAAUUAGCCAAACUAUUGUCGUUUGAGCCCUGCUUCUUGCAUCAUUUUAUACUUGGCUAAAUUUGUGUAUCUGAUUUUUGAGUUCAACAGCUUGUUGUUUGGCUUAGGUUAGUGAUGUUACUUGAUUCAUAGUAUAGGAUUACUGCUAACUGAAAAAUGUUUUAAAAUAUAGAUAGAUAUGUUGAGUGGAGAGUGUUCAUAGGAUAGAUAUUUUUAUUGUUACAGUGUGUGCUGUGCUGCUUUCUGUUCCAUGUUUAGAUUGAAAUCUCCAAUGAGAUUGUCAAGUGUGUGGGUUUUGUGUCUUAAGGUUCAGAUUGAUGGCUCUCGUUCAUGGUUAUCUUGUGGAUGAAAAAUUCUUUUAAUAUUUUAACUCCAUUAUUGUCAUACUUUAA